AUGGCAGCCGGCUGGGUAUCAGCUCAGCAGCUGCAGGAUAACAUCAACCUCAUUGAGGACCUUCUCCAGCAGAAUGGGCCGGACUACGCCGAUCGCCCGUUCUACGAGCAAAUGUUGGGUGAUCAGUACGAAGAGCUCGAAAGUGCCCAGCUUGGUCAGGCCACUACAGCAACUCGACUGCCCGGUACAUAUGUGGACCACGUUCCUACUCGUCCUGUUCAGACAGCAUCGCCUGCCUCAUCGUCUGGCGCAUCUCGAAAGCGAAGCUUGGGGCACAACGCAAAUUACCCCGAUUCAAAGCGCCCAAGCAUGAACCCCAGCCCCAUGGCUCCAAGCACGCCAAAUUCAGUAAAAUCUGGAUCUACUUGUUACCGCGCAGUAACGGCCGGCCUUGGUCGAGAGCAAGAACUGCCCUUUGCACCGAGCCGGCCUGUUCAUUCGAGCGUAAUUGACCUGACGCAAUCCAAUCCCCCUACGCCAGAUCCUUUCCCAGAGCUUAACAAUGCAUUCAUACCAGACGUGCCUCAGCCCGUUGACGCCUUUAGACAGGGGUUCAUGCCCGAACAGGAGUUGGCGCAGUUUCUGAUGGCUCCGACUCCUGCAGGCACAAGCUAUGCUUUGCGGCAACUCCCGCCUGUUGAGCAGCCCGGACCAGCUCACCCUGCCUACUCGGCUUAUCAGGCCCCAGAAGUACCCUUGUACAUUGGUAACAGCGGCAGGCCAUGGGCUCCCAGCGACAACGAAGACGAGUAUGGAAUACCGCUCACGGUUGAUGAGGCUCAAGCCGUAGAAAAUCUGCUCGGCAACGUUUCAGCGCACGAUGCUGAAGAUGCACCAGAGCGCCGUGAGCAGACGCCUCGUAUCAUGUGCUCUCAGCUCAAGGAGUACCAGAAGAUCGGGCUUACCUGGCUCAUCAAGAUGGAGACCGGUACCAACAAAGGUGGUAUUCUAGCUGAUGGUAUGGGCCUGGGCAAGACUGUACAAGCAAUUUCCCUCAUCUGUGCUCGGCCAUCGGGCGAUCCACUGCGCAAGACCACUCUCAUCAUUGCCCCUGUUGCCCUCAUGCGGCAGUGGGAGAAAGAGAUUGCACGUCACGUCCAUGAUCGAUACCAACUCAAGGUCUACAUCUACCACGGCAACGGCAAAAAUGCCGACUUCGCUAAGCUCCGCACGUAUGAUGUGGUCUUGACGACAUUCGGCACGUUGACGUCCGAAUUUCGGCAGAAGGAGACUCGAAAGGAGUCUACGAAGCAUUUGGAGGAACAGAGGACGGGUGUCCAACGCAAGGCUAAAGAGAAGUUGGCCCUGUUGGGCCAUGAAUGCAUGUGGUACCGCGUCAUUAUUGAUGAAGCACAAUGCAUCAAGAACAGGCAGACGAUUGGCUCAAAGGCGGCUCACGACUUGAUGGCAAUGCACCGUCUAGUCAUGACAGGAACGCCAAUGAUGAACUCGAUCGACGAGUUGUUUCCUCUUAUUCGCUUCCUUCAAAUUCCUCCCUACAAUGACUGGAGCAGGUUCAAUCAAGAAUUCGGCAAGCCACUGCGAAAUAACCACGCCGAUACUAGAAAGCGAGCCAUGCAGCGCGUACAAGUCCUGCUAAAGUCACUGAUGCUGCGACGCCAGAAGGACUCUCUUGUUGAUGGCCAGAUCGUGUGCAAGCUCCCGCCGAAGCACCUCUCGAAAGAGCCUGUGGAGUUCAGUGAUGAGGAGAUGGAGAUCUACAAAGCUCUCGAGACCAAGUCUCAGGUCCAGCUCAACAAAUAUCUUGAGAAGGGUACACUGUCAGCUAACUAUGCCAACGUCCUUGUCCUAUUGCUGCGUCUCCGCCAAGCAUGCUGCCACCCUCAUCUCAUCAAAGAUCUCAGCCAGCCUGCCACCGAGCAUAUCGCAGAAGAGGACCUCCUGAGCCGUGCUCAGGCUCUAGCCGAAGACGUGGUCAACAGGCUGAAGGUUGCUGAGAGCUUUGAGUGCCCGAUCUGUUUUGAAGCAGACCUCAACCCCACGAUCAUCGUGCCUUGCGGUCAUACCGUGUGUGGGGAGUGCGUGCAGAAACUAGUCGACCCGCACCGUGCUAUCAGGGAUGGACACGAGAAUGCCGGCGGAGCCAAAUGUCCACAUUGCCGCGGAGAGCUCAAGGCCGCCAUGAUCACCGACUUCAAGCACUUUUGCAAGGUCCAUGCUCGGGAAAAGCUCGAUCCGGCUGAGCGAGCUGGCUCAGAGGAGGUUGCAGACGAUGGUUCUGACUCGGACGACGAUGACGACGAAGCCGAAGAAGAGGACGAUGAUGUUGACGAGAAUGGCGAUCUUGCUGGCUUUGUCGUGUCCGAUGGGGAAGAGUCCGAAUACGAGGCUGGGGAGUCCGACCACGCAGAAGCUGACGAAGUUGUUGAGCCCGUUUCGAAGACCAAGUCGAAGAAGAAGCGCAACAAGGGCAAGGGCAAGGCGAAAGCUAGGCCCAAGGUUACUCUCGCGCAGCUGAAGAAGGAGUCCCUCCGUAGCAAGGCCGCCAAGCAGAAGUACCUCCGUCGCUUGAGAAAGACGUGGAUCACGUCUGCCAAGAUCGAGAAAACGAUGGAGCUGUUGAGCGACAUUGCGGCCAAGGACCCCACGGAGAAGGUUCUGAUCUUCAGCCAGUUCACCUCGCUCCUCGAUCUUCUCGAAGUGCCGAUGUACGAGAGGAGAUUGAGGUAUCAGCGCUACGACGGCAGCAUGUCGAUGGGCGACCGAGCUGAUGCCGUUGAGAGGUUCAUGGACAGCCCUGACGAGAGAAUCAUGCUCUUGUCGCUCAAAGCCGGUAACGCUGGGCUCAACCUCGCAAAGGCCUCCCAGGUGAUUCUUUUGGAUCCCUUCUGGAACCCUUAUGUCGAGGAGCAGGCUAUCGACCGCGCCCACCGCAUGCCCCAGCCUAGGGAAGUUACGGUCCACCGUGUCUUGGUCCCUGAGACUGUCGAGGAUCGCAUCUGCGAGAUCCAAGACAAGAAGCGCGAGAUGAUCGAUACCGCUCUGGACGAGAAGAGCAGCAAGAGUCUCACGCGGCUGGAUGCGCGGGAACUCCGGUUCCUCUUCGGCAUGGGCCGCUGA